UGGAACGCAUCCUAGAGAUCCUAGGAGUGCUUUCUAGCAAGGACAUAGUCAGAAACUGUGUAACACAAUGAAUCAUUUUAUUCUUGUUUAACGUAGGCAAACAACAAGGAUGUAAUGAUUCACUGUGUUACAUUGUGUCUGCUGCGUCCUUGCUGGAAAGCACCCUACCUCAAGGGAUGUGUUCCGAGUUUCGCGUGAAGCGCAUGAUGCAUCAUUUGUCCUUGUUGUUCAUCAAAUAAUGAAGAAGGAUAAAACAAUAAAUCAUGCGUUUCAUGCGUAACUCGGAACCUUAUGAUUAAGCUGUAGGAAGUGAGCCAAGAAAAUUAACAAUGACGAAGGAAAAGGCAAAAAAAGAAUUAAAAGUCCAAUCCAUACUUCAAUCGACAAAGCUACAUGGUUAUGGUUCCAAGAACGCAGUGCUACAGAUUUUCCAAUAUGUGGUCCAACAGUAAAAAUGCAGGCAAUGAAAUUUUGGAAAAUGUUUGGCGGUGAAGAUAGUGAAGGUGCUGAAAAGUAUAAGACAACUUUUUUAGAUAUAAUAAAAAAUGAAGAUUUGUCACCACAUCAAGUCUUUAAUUGCGAUGCAACUGGGUUGAAUUAUAAACAAAUUCCGAAAAAAACAUAUAGUGGUAACAAUGAGUCCGAAUCAACAGGAUUUAAAAUAAAAAAAAAACGAGUAACUAUCAUGAUUUGUAGUAAUGCAAGUGGCACAUUAAAAUUACCGUUAGUAUUAAUAGGGAAAAAUACCAAACUAUACGGUUUUAAAAGCUUAACUGUUCGGCCGGUAGUGUAUAAAAGCCAAAAAAAUACUUGGAUGACAGCACUGUUGUUUGAGGAAUGGUUUAAGGAGCAAUUUGUGCCACAAGUACAAAGUUUUUUGAAGAACAUGGAAUUAUCACCCAAGGCAGUAUUAUUCAUGGACAAUCGUGAUGGGCAUUUAGAAAAUUUAUCGCAUGAUGAAAUUAGGGUUGAAUUUUUUCCCCCUAAUAUAUCACUUUUAAUACAACCCAUGGAUAUAGGAGUUCUUCAAAAUCUCAAAACUUUAUAUCGAACUAAUGUAAUGUCUUUUUUUAUCGAUCAGUUCAAUAUUGGAACUAAUCUACCAAUAGCUAUGAAGAAACUUAGCAUUAGAAAUGUCAUUUUUUGGAUUACUACAGCUUGGAAUAAAGUCAAUAAAUCUAUAAUAUCAGAAUCAUGGAAGGCAUUAUGGCCAGACAUUUUACAAGUUCUUGCACCUAAUGAUGACAUUGAAAUUAUUGAUGAUAUUUGUCAUGAAUUGAGAGGUUAUGAAGAUCUCACUGUUCAUUUUCAUAAUUUUUUAAAAGAUCAACUUGGCGCAACCGUAGAAUUAAUUACUGUUCAAGACUGGCUGAACUCCCAUAGAGUUAUGAGUGAAGAUGAAUGUUUGACUGAUUCACAAAUAGUGCAAAUAAUAAAUGAAGAAGAAGAAGCAAUAGAAGAAGAAAAAAAAGGAGUACAGCGAAGAAUAAAAGCAGUACUACAGAGUAAAGACACAAGAAGAAGACUACAGAAUAAAGACGAUACAAUAGAAGAAGGAGAAAAAAAGAGAAGUAAGAAAAGAAGGAAAACAAAAUCAGGAAAAGGAGGAGCAGACCCAGAAGAAUUAUGUGAAAUGCUUGAAGAUUCCAUUCAAAAAGUGCAAAUGUAUUUGGAUACAGUGAUUAGACAUUGCAACGGAAAUUCCCACUACACUCAACAAAAUUUAAUUAAUUUAUAUGAGAUUAAAAAUAUUUUAAGGAAUGAAAGCCAAGGAUUUUAA